AUGGAAGGAGAAAACAUAUUGAUUGAAGAUGUGCCUAUAUUGGAAAUGGAAGAGGAGGACCAAUAUGAUGGAUCUGAUCUAGAUGAUUCAGAACAUGAAGACAAAUUUGAUUACACUUCCGGGAAGUAUAGAUCACAACUACCUAGUUAUCUGGGAGACCUAGUACGGGAAAGGGUAGGAGUUAGUGUUUUCAACUUGAAGAACGUAACAAAAGAAGUCAAGGAAAAACUAUGGGAAGAGAUAACGGUAAAUAGUAAAGUAAUUGCCAAAGAUGAAAUGCCACCCCGAUCAUUAAUGUGGUGUAAAGGACGUGAAAACAAAGUAGGCGAAAUAGAAGAUGCUAAUGUAAAACUCAUGGCAGAAAAACUAGUGGAACAUGAAAAACAAAUUAAAGAUGGAGAUAUGAUGCUUGAUCCUGGGAUGGAUGCCACAACCAAAGGAUCUUCAAAAGAACAAAUUGCGGACCUAAAGUUUGAACUACAGAAUAAGAGACUUGAGCUUCCGAAAAAAGAUGAAGAACUUAAAGCGUUGUCAACAAAGGUGACAGAACAAGAUAAAACACUAAAGCUAGUUUUAGCUCAUCUUGAAUCACAAGGAACAAUGAUACCAAAUCUAACAUCUCAUCCGAAUCAGUAUCCAACACAAGUCUUUUUAGUGGACAAGAAUGUUGAAUCUCAUGUCACUCUUGUUACUAAUACUAUCAUAGAGAAAGUACCUAUCACAGAUAAAGCAUUGACAAAUGAACCAGUUACACGAGUAAUGACAAAAACCGGUAAAAGAACUAUUGAAUCUAAGAGUGUGACUACAAAGUCACAUCCAAAAACAAAAGAUACUCAUUCACCAAAACUCCCACAGAAAGACAAGCCAUUCAUGGAGUUCCACUUCAAGACGACUGCUAUAAAGUAUCAAUUGAUAAAGUGA